CGUCUGCCAUAACAUAAAAAAAACAAAAACAAAAACGCUUUGUGAGUGCGACUGCGAGAGUGUUUUCAUUUUGUUUUAAGUUGAUUAAGAGUUUCCCGAGAAUCAACAGGAUUUAUUGUUCUAUAAUGCAGAAGUAUGAAAAAUUAGAAAAAAUUGGCGAAGGCACAUAUGGAACUGUGUUUAAGGCCAAAAAUAGAGAAAAUCAGGAGAUUGUGGCUCUGAAACGUGUCAGGCUUGAUGAUGAUGAUGAGGGGGUUCCAUCAAGUGCCUUAAGAGAAAUAUGCUUAUUGAAAGAACUUAAGCACCGUAAUAUAGUUCGAUUACAUGAUGUCCUCCACAGUGAUACAAAGUUAACCCUAGUAUUUGAGCACUGUGACCAGGAUUUGAAGAAAUACUUUGAUAGCUUGAAUGGGGAGAUAGACAGUGAGCAAGUCCAAUCAUUGAUGUAUCAACUAUUAAGAGGUCUUGCAUUCUGCCACAGUAAAAAUGUUUUGCACAGAGAUCUCAAACCUCAAAACUUGUUGAUUAAUAAGAACGGUGAGCUGAAGCUUGCAGAUUUCGGCUUAGCAAGAGCAUUUGGUAUUCCUGUCCGUUGUUAUUCGGCUGAGGUUGUUACACUGUGGUAUAGACCUCCCGAUGUUUUAUUUGGUGCCAAGCUGUAUACUACUUCCAUUGAUAUGUGGUCUGCGGGCUGCAUAUUUGCUGAACUUGCCAACGCGGGGCGACCCCUUUUUCCUGGAAGCGAUAUUGAUGACCAACUCAAACGGAUAUUCAAGUUACUUGGAACUCCAAACGAAGAAGUUUGGCCUGGUAUAUCUCAACUGCCAGACUACAAGCCAUUACCCAUCUAUCAACCAACAAGUAGCUUCGCGCAAGUUGUUCCAAAAAUGAGUCCCAAAGGCAGAGAUUUACUUCAGAAACUAUUACUGUGCAAUCCUGCUCUUCGGAUUUCUGCAGAUGACGCGAUGGCGCAUUACUAUUUUACCGAUUUACCUUCAAGUAUAAAACAUCUAUAAGUUAUUUUGAUUUUUAGUUGUAAGACUUAAAUUUUGUAUCCCCAAACAAAAUGAUUCUAGAAUAUUUUUUAUAUCGAGCAAAUUCCUUUUUUAUCGAUUCUUUUUUCUUUACCGUGAACACAUUGUACUUGCGCGUACAUUUUAGAGGAUUGUGGUUAGUCAAAUUGAAUUGCAGUCCAAUACAAUACAUAAGUCGAA